GACAGGACAACAUUGCCGACAAAAGGAUUCGCGUUUGUCAGAAUAUUCUAUUGACCAUAUAGAUUUCAGUUUGUUGCACGUGAUGAAUCCUUGAGGACAUCGAUUGGGACAGGACGAGACAUUUCAUCUGUUCGACACGACGGAAACCGAGGGCCAUUUUGGUAAUUGCAUAGGACGUACACUGGCGAAAAAUGUCACAGGACGACGUCGGAUUUUUAUACAAAACUAUGAUUGAGAGGGACCCUAAAAAGAGGAAGGUGAAACCAGUUGAAUCAGCACAGCAAUCAUUAUUGGAUUUUGACUUAGGUGAAAGUUCCGAUGACAGUGACUUUAGAAUUGAGGAUCAUUCGGAAGAAUCUGAUGACGAUUCAGUAGAUUCUAAUGAUGUUGGAAAAGAAGAAGAAGCUGAAUCUGAGGAAUCUGAUGAUGAUCUGCUUGAAGAUCCAUUAUUGGGAGGAAAACACAAUGCUAACUUGACUGUAGGAGAUGUAAUGGAACAAGCACGUCAACAAGCUUUAAAGAGCAGCAUCUUCGAAGAAAAGCUAAAUAAGUUAUUAAUUUGUUGUGGUUGUUUAGGAGACAGAAGUGAUGAUACAAAUGAGAUUGUUGAAUGUGAUGGUUGUGGAGUUAGUGUUCACGAAGGUUGCUACGGUGUGUCUGACGUAGAAAGUUUCUCCAGCACCGAUUCCUUAUGUCAGUCAGCACCGUGGUUCUGUGAAGCCUGCAGCGCAGGUAUCGAAGACCCAUCAUGCGAACUCUGUCCAAACAAGGGUGGAAUUUUCAAGGAGACUGAUGUUGGAAAAUGGGUGCAUCUAGUAUGCGCUCUUUACGUACCUGGCGUUGCUUUUGGUGAAGUGGAUCGGCUGACAAGUGUAACGCUAUUCGAGAUGCAGUACACCAAAUGGGGCGCGAAGCAAUGUUCUCUGUGCGAAGAUUCUCGUUACGCGCGCACAGGUGUGUGCAUUGAGUGCGACGCUGGAUUGUGUCAUACAUAUUUUCACGUGACCUGCGCUCAAAGGGAAGGUCUUCUGUCCGAGGCGCACAGUGAAGAAGUCGAUCAAGCCGACCCGUUCUAUGCUCACUGCAAGUUGCACUCUGACAAAUCUCUCGUUCGCAGGCGUAGACGUAACUUUUUAGCUUUCCAACUGCGCGUACAGCAGCGGCAGCAGAUGCUGAAACAGCCUAAUCAUUUAGACACAGAUGAACAUCGUAGGAUUGAAAGGAAAUUGGGCAAGCACAGGCAUAAAUAUCUGGCACACAAGGCGUCGCGCCAACCGCCAUGGGUACCAACGCAGAAGAUGCCACGUUUAUUGACUACGUCCGCAUCCGCUUGUCGCCAACUAGCGAGGAAGGCCGAAUUGAUGGACGUGGACACGACCGCGUUGGAGGCACAAGAGGCUCAGGUGGUGGCGUUAGUCGACGUUAGGAAGAAAUGGCAUAUCGCUCCCGCGUUCAGCGUGGAGUUCAUUGGCUAUUACUUGGACCGUAACUUGCGUAUGACUUCUAUGAAGAGACGACUGCAGGAGCUUCUUGAUAUAAACUCGCAAUUGUUGAACGAAGAGCAGAAAAUAGAGCGAAAGUACAAGGAAGUGAAGAAAGACAAGGAAGAGCGGGUCCGAAUGAAUACGACGUUGAAGGAGAAGAUCGAGAUGUAUCAUCUGGUACUUAAAAACGCCGGUUACACGAAGCCUCUGCCGCUGCUGGCCGAUCUGCUGACUAAGCCAAAAAUAGCACCUACACUUGGUACAGGGACAGGAGGUACACUAGGUGUGCCUACGGCAGCAGCCUUGAAAAUGGGAGUCGGGUUCCCGCUGACCAUGGGUAAAGGGGCCGAGGGUGCACGCGAGGGUAGAGUGUUGAGCAGCCAAGCGCAGGAGCAAAAUCACAAAGGCGAGCUGACGUUGCGACACCAAUGCGGCAUUUGCAGACGAUCGACCAACCAACAUCUUCUCGCCAAGUGCGACACGUGUCACUUGCAUUACCAUUUGUCUUGUUUGAGCCCGCCUCUGUCACGGAUGCCCAAGAAAACAAGACUGAUGGGAUGGCAAUGUUCAGAGUGCGAUAAAGAAUCCUCGGGCUCGGAGGUCGAGCAUGUAGACACAUCGGCACCGCGCAAACUAAGGCAUUGUAAGGAUGACGCUAACAUGACACUCACACCACCACAGGAAACGUCAGCAACGCUGAGCACACCUACGACAUCGAAGAAUUCGUCCAGCAGCGUGACAAACGUCGCUGUUCCUGACACGCCUACGACGCCAAAACUAACUAUUAAACCGAUGGGGCCGCAACCGACAGCCGUAGAGCCCGCGCAGGCAGCUGAGUCGGCGUACAACCAGCAAUCCGUUAAUAAUAUUACCAUAACGAGAGCAGGUUCGCCGGAAUACAUGGUAGCUUCAGCAGACGGGACGGAGUCCGUCUCGCAGAGAAGCGGGAAGAAAAGGAGGAGGGAAAAGCACAAGAGGUACACCCCCGAUCCGAUAACCGGGGUUAAACAGAGGAAAAGGAAGCACAAGAGAAAAAGUUUGGAUAUAGAAAAUCCAGAAGUUCAAAGCCAACCGGAAGUUCAUAGGAGGAUUACAAUCAAGAUAAAACCAAUUCCACGACCGGAAGGCGAGGUUGCCUCAGAAUCUAGCCCGCAAAUGUUCGUGGCCACAUCCACGAGCACCGAAAUCACACUGCCGCCGCCACCUCUGCCGCCCCCGGCUGCGAGCGUGCCGCCGCCGCCACCACCACCGCCUGUGAACGCAUCUGUGAAUAGCAGUAGUCGUUGGCCGACAGGAACUGCAAAGAGAGGGAAGGACACGGACCUUUUGACGCAAUGCAAAGUCUGUGAUACUCCCGGCACCAACCAGAAUCUCGUUAUGUGUGACGAAUGUAAGAAAUGCUAUCACUUCACAUGUUUAGAUCCUCCUGUGAAAAAGUCUCCGAAACGGAGAGGCUAUUCGUGGCACUGUGCCGACUGCGACCCUAGUGCCUCUGAAUCUGAGACUUAAUAUCAACAAUUUUCUAUCUGCAGCUACAAUUCUGCGUUUAUAUAAAUAAGACAUUCACACAUACAUACACACAUACAUACACAAACA